UUUUUUUUGUGCUGUGCGUAUAAAUAUUGAUUUUAUUUAAAUUCAAAGUCCACUCAAGAUUUCCUCAAAGCGUUAGGAUUACAGGAACGAGAGUAUUUGAUUGGAUUUUAUGGUGACGUAUCAUAUCAGGAAGUAGCAAGAUUUCGACGGAACUCGUAUCAGGGAGAAGAUGAGUCGCAUUUAUCAUAACACUGCGUUACAAAAUAAACCCGUGCAUAAUGAGAAAUUGUCCUUCACCUGGGAUCCAUUAGUUUACCAGAGUGGUCGUGGUGUAAUUUUAGAGGGGACUGUGGUGGAUAUGUCACGCCAUGUCUUAACAGAUAUAAACAACAGAAAGGAGCGCUAUAAUGUUUUAUACAUCAAACCCAAACAAAUCCAUUACAGAAAAUAUGAUACUAAAGGAAAUGAGAUUGAACCUAACUUUAGUGAAACCAGGAAGGUCAACACAGGUUAUCUCAUGUCCUCCUUCAAAGUGGAGGCUAAGGGUGAAACAGAUUGUCUUGAUGAACACCAACUGAGUAAAAUCGUGAACAAGGUUGAACUGGUUCAAGUAACUGCAAGGCACUGCCCAAGUCAGACCUUUGCAUUCUGGAUCUCAGAGGCAGAGAUGGAGAAAACAGAACUUGAGAUGGACCAAGAAAUUCGUCUUAAAACUAAAGGAGAUGGACCCUUUAUUUUUUCCUUUGCCAAACUGGAUGGUGGUACAGUGACGAAAUGCAACUUUGCAGGAGAUGAGAAUGCAGGAGCAUCGUGGACGGAUAAAAUAAUGGCUAACAAAACAGAUGUGCAGAAUACAGGGAAAAGUGCAGGGCAGGGUGAGGGAGCGGAUGAGGAAGAAUGGGAUGAUUGAAGAACACCCUCGAGGUUAUAGGACCGGAUAGCAAAACAACACAGUGCCUUGUUCCCCAGAUAUAUAUUUACACCAUGCAACAAUUUUGUGCAAUAAAAAUGCCAUUUUAAAAUAUGGAUUUAUAAUGUGUACUGACAAUAACAACAAAAUAUCAAUUGUGUAAGAAGACAGCACUUUAUUUGAUUAUUUAGAAGAUUGACAAAUGCUUUGGGUAAACAACAUGUGGCAUU